UAUUUUUCAGGUAUAUUCACUGAUCUUUUGAUCUGCGCAAUUAUCAAAGCAGUAGUGCGAAGACGAAGACCUACACCAAACACUGAUAUUUUUGGAGUAGGACCUGAUAAGUUCUCUUUUCCUUCUGGUCACGCGUCACGAGCCACUUACAUUGUCUACUUUUUUCUCAAUUUGUGGCCUGUCAAUUUUGUCUUUAUUCCUCCUCUACUAGCGUGGGCUGUUUGCAUUUGCCUUUCCAGAAUUUUGAUGAGAAGACACUACUUGUUGGAUGUGACUGCAGGAAUUCUGCUUGGAAUUGUAAAUGGUAUGCUCAUCGGUGCUAUGUAUUUAAGUCAAGAGACCUCAACUGAUCUUAUUUCGUGGAUUACUGAUGAAAAACUUGAGGGUGGCGAGUACCACGUAUAAAUCCUAAUGUUAUAUUUACAUAUUUUUACACUCAACGAUAGCACAUUAAUUUCAAUGCGAGUUGAACCAAAGUCUUGUUAUUAGACUGAUUAUUUUAUUGUAUCGAAUGAAAAAUCAUUAAGC